CUCCUCGACGCCUCCUCCCACUCCGCCUCACCCGCCGCACUCGCUCCUCCCUGCGCCCAAUAUUCUGUGCAUUUUAUUCUGUAUUUCAUUCCUGGUCGUUGCGUCCCACAUUCGCCUCCGGUGCCUGGCAUGCGUGCAUAGCCUCUGUUGUCCUUGUCCUGCCAAGUACAGUAAUAUUAGUAGCCCCUGCCCAGUUCACGCCGUCUCCACCCGCUAUGCCCCCGCAAAAGCGCGCCCCCUGCCAGAUCUGCAGCGCGGCCGAGUCCAAGUACGCCUGCGCACAGUGCAGCAUCGUCUACUGCUCGAUCGCGUGCUACAAGGCGCACAAAGCAUCCUCGUGUCGGGCUCAGCCUCAGCCUCCCUCUCAUGACAGCGGGGAACAACACGCCCAGGGCGCGGGCCCAUUUGUUGUCGGCCUUGGCCAGCAACCGAGUCAGGCAGGCAGCCUCGGCGCGGAUCAACCUGCCUCGGUGGGUACGCCGUCGGACGCAAACGUGGACGUCGAUGUCCCCUUGGUGCCCUUGCGACCACUCACAUCGCUGAAAUGGCCCUACGUCCCCGAAGAGUCCGCGUACCCCGACCCGCUCAAGCGCGAUGACCCAAAACCGCUACAGCUGCACCAAUACGAAGCAAUAGCAACCUCCCCCACCAUCCGCCGCACGCUAUCCACGCACCCCCAACUCCCCGUGCUCCUCAGGCGCAUCGACGCCCUCCGCGGGCCCGCGCGCGAGGCCGCGCUUGAGCGCGCCCUCGGCGUUGCCGAUCCGCACGAGGGCGGGUCAGGGGUGGGAGGGAUGGGAGGGGCGGCGGUGCAGGAUGAAGAGGACAAGCAGGCGCUGCGGGGGCUCGCGGAGGCGGUGGAGGCGGUGGUGAGAGGCGGUCGGGAGGGGUUGUUGGGGUUAGAUUGGGGGGAUUGAGGCGUAGAUGUUUUGUAUAUUGCCGAAACGUAGCGUACCAUAUUUGAGUCGGGGGCUGCCUGUCUUCACUCACACGUGUAGCCAUUCAAUCAUUACACCCGAGUUUCGCUCAACCUUUACACAAGGACUGACGCAGACUACAAAAUAUGGGGAUGAGAAGAGUGUCACGGGCGUAUAUGUUAUUGUUGCAACC